AUGCCAUUUCCAUUUCACGGUACCUGCUUGUGUGGAGGGAUCACUUUUCAGGUCGACAACGAUCCAAUAGUGACAACAUGUUGCCAUUGUUCCAACUGUAAAAAGUACACGGGGACAGUGUUCACCACGAAUGUUGUCUUUCCGGCUGGAGUGGGGUCUUUGACAAUCACUAAAGGCGAAAAUUUGUUGAGCACUUAUCGAGACGCUACGCAGGACUCGGGCAAUGCUCUCAAGCGCAUCUUUUGUGGUCAGUGUGGCUCUCCGCUUUAUAACAACGGCGGUGACGCUGGCACAACGCUUGCUGUAUUUUACAGCGCGUUGAUUGACUUUGGAACUAAGGAUCAAAAAGAUCCGAAACCAGAGCUCGAGUACUAUACGAAAGAUAGGGUCGCAUGGGUACAUGCUGUUGAAGGUGCUAAACAAGCUCGAACCAAACCAGGAAGAGAUUAG